AUGGUGGGCUACUUGAGAGAAGCCGAACACGAGCGGCCUGCAGAAGAGGCUCUAGCGGCUGUACAAGAGGCAAAGGUUCUCCCUGCGAAGGCGCCGUUGCACAGCGGUGCAUCUACACAUCCUCGAGAGUCCCUGAAGUUUGGAACCGUCAAAUCCCUCUCGGUUCCCCGCAGACGGUUGCUGCGACUGCUGCAGGAGCAACUGUUGUUGCAACUAGCUGCAAACAAACAAGGGGCGGACAUAGACCCCAGGCGCCGACCUCCCCACGCUGCCACUCCUGAGAGUAUCCUCGCUCGUUGGAUCUCUGCUGACCCGAAGCGGCUGGUGGGCGGAGUGUUGGCAUUGGGGUUGCAUAGCCCCCCUGCUCUAGCAAGCAGAACCCCCAGCACUUCACAGCAGCCUGACUCCGGCCCCACGGGACAGAAAGCAAAGGUCAAAAAGUGUCCCACUUCUUCUGCCGCAGGUGCUGAUUCGGACGUUGGUGCAGCUCCCUUUCCAGGUGCAAAGGGGGACGAACCCCAAAGUGCUGCCACGGCAACAGCUGGAGUAGUAGCAGCAGGUGCUGCCGAUCCAAUCGAAACAUACACAACCUGCAGCACCACUGCCAGCACAAUCGAUAACAGCAACGGCAAGAACAGCAGCAGCAACAACAACAGCUACAGCAACUACAACAGCUACAGCAACUACAACAACAACGAGGACAACAAGAACAGCGCCCUGUUUAGGCAUUUUGGGGGAGUGCCUGUGAGUGCCCCCAAGCGGAGUGCUGAGGAGACGGCGGUUCGCGCGAAGAAGCAUCAAAACCCCCAAGCAGCGGGCAGCAGGGAGGGUUCUUUGGCGCUGCGUGCGUCUUGCGUCUUGUGUCUGUCAGCUUUCUCUCCCGUGGGUGGCAGCUUUUUGUGUUGCACUUGCCUUCACACGCUCAAGAAAAAGCCCGAGAAACAGCCCUGGGCUGCGGAGGCCAACGGCGGGAGCACGGCUAAACGCAGCCUCUCCUCACUGUAUAAAAAUUCCCUCAAGAGACGGUUGGGGUCUCCAGCUAUUGUGGGUUCGCGCAGCACCCACCGACCCAGUCAGGACAAGCAAGAAGUGCGCAUACACUCUCCCACACAAAUGGCCAUGGGGCAUCCCAAACGCCGUUUUAGGCGGUCGGUAUGUGCUGCCUCUGCUGCGAGGGAGCAGCCACGAGAGGAGGUGCAGCAACAAGGAGGGGAGCAGCAGCAGCAAAAGGACGGUUGUUGCGAGGGUUCUGCUGGUGUGCACAGCGAGGCGAAGGAAUGCAUUGGAUGGCGGGCUCGUGCAGCUGCUGCUGCAGCAGCAGAUGCGGACGACGACAGCAGCUGGUGGGGUAGCACAAAUGCAUCAAGAGAGCCUCUGGUGGUGCCGCCUUUGCUGCUACCUCUUCUGCCUUCGAUUUUCUGUCUGCAUGCCAGGCCUUGGCCACCUCCCCCGACAAAAAGACGCCGCCUUCUUUCCCGCAGGCAGAGAGGUAUUGAUUGUUUUGCUUCCCCUGCAGUAGCUUCCCAAUGCCCGCCAUGGGGAAGUGGAUUUGCCCAGCAGGAAGGACAGGGGCAGCAAAGGGGGUCCACCGACAUCGCUGCAGCAAGAGCAGGCACAGGAGCAACAAAUAAAGAUGUGCCUCACCUGGUCCACACGCCAGUAGCAAGAGCGGCAGACGCUGGUGCUGUUGUGGGCUCACAGGUGGAGGGCAAGUUGGAAAAGCAGGCAGCGAAAGACAGCAUUCCUGAGUGUCGUGUGGCUUCUUCUUCCUCUUCAUCUUACUGCUUCUGCCCCUACUGCAUCACUGCAGACAGAAACGAAGUGACAGAACCGGCAACUGCAAGCAGUUGCGUCAAGGGCUGCUAUUGCUGCUCCCCUGAGUCCUCCCCACACUCCCGAGCCCAAGAGGUGUUGCUUCGCAAACAAAGGGGAAGGCAGAGCGAACCUACUUUUGGAAAUACCAUCUCUGGUACUCCAGCUGCCGGGGAACCUGCUGUUGCAGCUUCCCCGGCAGCUAUGUGUGCUGCAGCGGCUGUACGGGACAUGGCGACAGCAGCCGCUGCAGCCACUUUGACGGGGCAGCACAAGCACGAACAGCAAACGCCGCCGUCGAGGGUUCAGCGUAAGUCGUGGAGCGUAGAAGCUAGCCGCAGUGUUGUACCAGCCGCUGGAUCAGCAUCAACGACGACGGCAGCAGCAGCAACAACCACAGCAGCGACAGCAGCAGCAGAAGGAACAGCAUCUAGCGGGCAGUCGAGCUGCUGCCGAAACAGCAUGAGCAAAUCAACACCAGCGGCAGCGUCUCCCGCAGGACAGCAUAGCUCAGCUGGAAGGCCCAUUCUAAAGGCAGCAGCGGGCAAUACAGGAGCUACAGCACUCGGCGCGGCAGCAGCACCAGGAAGGUCAGCGGCACGGGCCUCCGACUCUUGCGUACCGACGCUCGGCGAUUCGGUUCCUUGCUGCCCUGUACCAUUUGAGAAGGCAGCUGUUUCGUGUGCGUCGCAUGCGGGAGCAGAGAAAGGUUCACAGGAGGGUGCAGACGGCAAAGGUGUGAAGAGGAAUUCCACAGAUGCGGGCUUGGACACGGGCGCAGACGGGAAGGGUGUACAGGGGAAGGUUGCCAGUAAGGACCCCAGUGCUACGGGCCUAUGCAGGGGUUCCGCAAAAGAUGUGGACGGAGGCGGGGGAAGUGUUGGUGAUAAGAGUUGCGUGCGUGAUGGUUCUCUAGCGCGUAUAGCACAGGGGUUGUUGGUGGGAAGCUCAUCAUUGG